UCUGCAUUGCCACUUCUUCACCUCAACAAUCCCAGGUAAUCAAACAAGAAUCCCAAUUUCCCAGGAAUAGUGGGGAAGGCCAAAAAAUGGACAAUGGAAGUGAUCAAAUUACACGCGUUCUUUUUUGUGGGCCUCACUUUCCAGCAUCUCAUGAUUAUACAAGAGAAUAUCUGCAGGACUAUCCAUUUGUAAAGGUUGAUGAUGUUCCAUUUGACAGUGUGCCUGAUGUUAUUGGAAACUAUCAUCUUUGUGUAGUAAAAAGCAUGCGACUGAACUCAGAGCUGAUUUCUCGUGCAAAGAGGAUGAAGCUCAUUAUGCAGUAUGGGGUUGGCUUGGAAGGUGUUGACAUUGGUGCUGCAUCAAAGCAUGGGAUAAAGAUUGCCAGAAUUCCAAGUGGUGCAACAGGAAAUGCAGUAUCAUGUGCUGAAAUGGCUAUAUAUCUGAUAUUGGGUCUUCUUCGUAAGCAAAAUGAAAUGCAAAUUGCAGUGAAGCAGAGAAAACUUGGAGUGCCAGUUGGUGACACCUUUCUGGGGAAAACAGUAUUCAUUAUGGGAUUUGGAAAUAUUGGGAUUAAGUUAGCACAGCGUUUGCGUCCAUUCGGUGUGAAGAUAAUUGCUACCAAGCGCAGUUGGGCGCCAUACUUAGACAAGUCAUGCAAAACUGAAGCAUUCUGCGCUGAAAAUGGCACUGAAGAUGAUCUAGUUGAUGAGAAGGGAACUCAUGAACAUAUCAUCGAUUUUGCGAGUAAAGCUGACAUAGUGGUCUGUUGCUUAGUAAUGAAUGCAGAAACGGCUGGCAUUGUGAAUGAGGGUUUCAUCUCUUCAAUGAAAAAGGGUGCUUUGUUGGUUAAUAUAGCUAGAGGAGGCCUCUUGGACUAUAAUGCUGUUCUUCAUCAUCUUGAAUCAGGCCACUUGGGAGGAUUAGGAAUUGAUGUUGCUUGGACUGAACCUUUUGAUCCUGAUGAUGCUAUCUUAAACUUCCCUAAUGUCAUUAUUACACCUCAUGUUGCUGGGGUUACAGAAUAUUCUUACAGAUACAUGGCCAAGGUUGUUGGAGAUGUUGCCCUUCAAGUCCAUGCUGGAAAACCUUUGACAGGGAUUGAGAUUGUCAACUGAUUUAACUCAGGAUUCUUUACCUGAAUUACACAUAUUGUUCUGCCAGCAACCAUUUGGCUGUAUGCUGUAACAUAUAAGAACUAGAAAUGGAGUUGCGCAUGAUUCAGCAAAGCAUGCCAAGGAAAUUUGGUUGUAAGAUAUUCCUGAACUUGUGAUGCGUUAAUAUUGUAGCGAUAUCCCUUGACUCACUCAUGUUACAGUGGCAGAUCUACUGUGUGCAAAUUUGCAGUACAUUGACAUUUAUUGAAAAUUUACUGUUACUGGAAAGAUUGUCGUCUUUUAUUA